GUAGUCUUCAAUCGAAUCGGUACGCAGCGCAGCUAGCUGACUACAAAUAUGAACUUAUCAAGAAAAUAUGUUGUUUCUUGGCCUGUCAAACUCUUCAUUUACCGGGAGAUUGUGAACAUAAAAAUGGCACGGAAAGCCCAAGCAAGAAUGACAUCAUCAUCAAGUAGUAUUGGAUCAGCGGUAAUAGCUCAGUCGCAGUUCUUAGAAGCCAAAGUUCCACAGCUGAUGGCAAACUUUUCUGUCAGAGGGAAUCAACAUUCACCAUGGAUACCAGAAUCGACUGUCCAGGAGGUUUGUGACCAUUACCAUGGGCUAGCUAAUGAGGGCAGGUUGACCUUCCUGUCAGCCAUGGCAUCAGGAAUGGGUACAAGGCAUGACAGGGUCCGCAAGGAAGCCAAUCUUCUACAAACCCAAGCGGGUAGAGAGGAUGCCUCCAUCCUCCAGGCGGAGAAUCGUCUCCGUCAGUCCCUCAUCCCAGGUUACUCCACUCUCUUCUCCCACAUCAGUCGACUACAGGGAGGGGUCAAGUUCCUGGUUGAUCUACGAGCAGACCUCUUGAAUCACUUGUCAUCCCAGAAAUCACUCCCGAAUGAAGCUGAAUUGAAGGCGCUGAAUGACACGUUGAAAGAUCUCUUGAUUGGAUGGUUUGCUGCAGGAAUGCUAAACCUAGAAAGAGUCACAUGGUCAUCAUCAUGUGACAUGCUUGAGAAGAUAAGUCAGUAUGAGGCAGUUCAUCCUGUACGUCACUGGACUGACAUCAAGCAUCGAGUAGGACCAUACCGCAGGUGUUUUGUGUUCACACACAGCAGCAUGCCUAAUGAACCGCUCGUCAUCUUACACACCGCCCUCACCAGAGAUAUAUCGGCCAGUAUCCAGUCCAUCGUACGUAAGCAAGAUGACAUAGCUAUCGGAGUGAAACCAGGAGAAGAGGAUCCUGAUGAGGCCCAGGCUGCUAUCUUCUACUCUAUCACAUCAACUCAAAAAGGUCUUCAAGGUGUGGAGCUUGGUAACCAUCUCAUUAAGAGUGUCGUCAAGGAGCUACAGUCUGAGUUUCCCAGCAUGCAUCUCUUCUCAAGCCUCUCACCAAUCCCAGGCUUCAGGGACUGGCUCGUGUCACAGAUCAACAAGGAGGUCAAAGAUGAACAUAAAAACAGCUUACUCACUGCACAAGAAUUAGACUCGUUCCAGUCUGCUUUAGACAUUGCAUCACCACAGGCAUUGCCAACCCUGAAGAAAGUCAUUGUAACAAAUGAAUGGGUCAAGUCUGAGAGGCUGGUCGAGAGUCUACAGUCUCCUCUCAUGAGGUUAUGUGCAAGGUACCUGUAUUCAGAAAAGAGACGCAAAAUGGCACUGAAUACUGUAGCAAACUUCCAUCUUCGGAACGGUGCGACCAUGUGGCGCCUCAACUGGUUGGGCGACACCUCCCCACGGGGUCUGACCGCCUCCUGCGGCAUGAUGGUCAACUAUCGGUACUACCUUGAGAACACGACAAGCCUCAGCCAGCACUAUAUAGAAACACAGAACAUUAAAGCUUCCCAACAGAUCUUGGAUUUGGUAGGGGAAGGUUUGUCCAGCGGGGACACAGGGAAUGUGAACAGCAAAUUAUGAUGAUCAACCAAAGAAUUAGUUUUGUCAGUAGCUGCAUGUACAUAGAAUUAUGGAGGAUUAUAAUUAUUCCUAAUAUAUAUGCCAAUGAUCAUGUGCAAUGCGAGUCAGUAUGAUCUGGAAAAUUGAUGGUUAAAGGAAAAUUCUACCCUAGUAUACUAAACAAUGAAAAUCAGACAAGCAUAACACUGGUAAUGCCAUUGGAAUGGGAUGUACUUCAUGUACAAAAAGAAAUUUCAGUGAAGUUUUCAGCAUUAUGCUUCAGUUAUUUUUUCUCUUUCUAUACAACUCAACUAUUUGUUGGGGUGGACUUGUCAUUUAAUGGUCAGUAUGUGUACCAUGUUGUACAAGCAUGUUCUGGCCACGAGUUAUUCACAAUGCUUGUACACCAUGGUAAUUUAUUGUUGAUUCUAUGAUGGUAUGUAUGAAGAAAGGUCAGUAAAUUUAAGUACAGUGUAUAUUGCUUCCUUGUAAAUGCUUACAUUGCCACUAUUUUUGGGGCUUCCUUGACGAUUGACAAUAGAUAUGUCCACUAUAUAUAGGCAAUCAUUUCCUUUGUGACAUCAUGAUGUUCUGAUUUUGUUUGGUGACGAGCAUUUCUUGUGUAAAUUACAGCAUUCUGGGAAUCUGUCUGAUCAAUUAAGUUACGAGCAAUGCUUUAAAGUGCAUUGGGAUUUUAGUCUCAUAAUUUUGCAGUAUUGGUGUAUAUGAAGAGGUUUAAAUUGUGAAUUUUCAAUUGGAAACCUAUUUUUUGGGAGCCCUGGUCACCUACAUGUAGGGAGCGUUUGAUGAAAGGACUUGUCAGAUAUUUGAUCUGACACACGGUAUGCUUUAUCUAACAGUUACCAUAGGAACUGUGCUCCUCAGCCAAGCGAAAUCAAGGAAAGUCCUCGGAUCUGACAACUUGUACACAAUAUGCUGAUGAAAUGAUCUUCCGAAAUUCUUGUUUACAAUUCCUGCAAUGUGUAAUAACUCAAUUUAAGAAAAUUAUUAUUUUCCAAGAAAACUGCAUAUUUGAGUAUUUUUUAAAGCAAAUUACAAAAUACUAAAUUUGCUCCUCUGCUGAUACUAAUGCCACAAUAAUGAAAUAUGUGUUUGUAUAAGGCAUCUUUCCAAAAGUUUAUGCUGUGUACUGAAACAGGACUUUUGUUAUUAACCCUUUGAACCCGAAAAGCCAGAAUACCGGCUUCACUGUGAACGCGCGUAUACCUGAAAAUCCGGAUUACCGGCUUCAAUUCAUAUGAUUGGAAAAGCAAGGGUUUUAGAUAUCAGGUGACCUUUAAAAAUGAUGUCAUUUUGGAGAUAUUCAGUCGAUAUUUUCAGUUUAUAAUUUUAUUGACGAUUGGCUUUCAUUUAUAAGGUUUUAACAAAAAAUUACCAAUAUCCUUCCCUACCAAGGAGGCUUGUGCGAGUCAUAUACGAACCAUGCAGAAGCUAUUGUUAAAUUGUCUUCCGUCAAAUUAGUGAUAUUAAGACAAACUUUGAGAUUGUUAGUAUGGGAAGCUAAACAUCAGCUGGGCCAGGCCGGGUACAAGCAGAGUAAGGUGCCGCCAACAUGGCUGGGCUCGAAUCGUGCCAAUUGGAGAUCAUUUAUUUCAAAUGUAAUGUAUUCCUUCAUUUUGCCGAUAAGCUUAAUAGCUUGAUAUCUACUGAUGAUUCAGAGUGAGGGUCACGACCGUCCCAAUUCAUUCAGGGUUCAAAGGGUUAAGUUGGCAAGCAUCUUUCAUGCAUUCCCCAUUGUUUUGUGUAUGGUGAAAAUCUGAGGGGUCAGUUAACAAAGCAAAAAAAUAUGAUUUUAGCGGUAUUCCUUCGGGAAGUACUCUUAUUCAUUAUGGUCAGGUGGGCGUUUUAGAAAGCUGCUUGUAAGUUAAGAACGACUGAUAAACCUUUCUUAUGCUCUAAAUAAUCACCAAUGAACAUUAAAUGGUGAAUAUCAUAUACAAGAAAGGAUCACCAGUCGUUCUUAAAGUCACUCUUAACUUACGAACAGCUUUAUGAAACGCCCCCCUGGUGCCUUAAUAAACUUCAAUAUGGAAAAAGAUGAGAAAUUGAAGUGAAAUUUUGUAUUUAACUUCUGAAUAAUGUGGAGAAAUAAAAAAAAGAAAAAAAAAAGAGACAAAUCAAGUGCAAUAAAACUAUACAUCUUUAUUUCUAUAAAAUCUUAAAACUACAUAGUUGAACAUACAGAUUUUUUUUUUUCUAAAUCUAUUAUUGUUAAAUACAUUAUUUCACUGAAUAAUUACAGCUCAGUAAUGAGAGGAAGACAUAAUGUGAACUAAAGGCUUGAUCAGUUAUAAACAGCUGCAGGUUUCUACAUAAAUUACAUUGGAAACACUUAAUAGUAAGCCCCGAACUACUACAAUCCCACUUAGAAGAUCUGGCAAUGUAUUAUCAUGUGCAAAUUAAAGUAUGAAGUCCUAAUUGCCCAAUCAUGAAAUAUCCAGGAUUUUCAUAUUUUAAAUUAAAAUGAGAGAAAAGGCUCAUUGUCUACAACUAAAGUGAUUCUGCUUUUACCAGAUAUGUAAACAAAUACACACUGACAUUAAUUUGUAUGGUUGUAUAAUUAUUUGAAAAUAAACAAAUAUAAUAAAUGCUUGUAAAAAAUGUUCAUGUCCAUUAUUUAGAGAAAAGGUUACACUUAUACAUGUAUAUGUAACAUUACAAAGGCUUUGGUCUUAGUCCUGCGUAGUAAUUAGGAAAAUAUGUAAUUCCGUUUGUUAAUCCAUAAGUAUGCAUGCAGUAAGGCUUUUGGUAUAGCCAGGCCGUAUUGUUUAUGGUAUGUAUGAUUUAGAAAAUCUGAGUUGUAAAAUUUCUGGGCAUAUUCUGUGGAUGCUCUAUACAACAGUAUCAUGCUUUUAUAUUUGAGUGGGAAAAAUUUACAAUUUACAUAACCAAUUAUUAUGAAAAAUGAUAGGACAUCAACAGUGCAUUCCAUGUGAGCUACAUGUACAUACAUUACAAUAGAAAUGAGACCUUCAAACAAAUGACAGGCAGGCAAAAUUUUGAAAAUCAGACUUGUAAAAUGACAAGACUGGCACAUUAUUGUGCAUUCAUAGUAUACUCUUACAGUCCUGUAUUUGUUUCAAAAUAUGUAGGAAAGUGACUUAUAUUGCACAAUGAAGAUAUACCUGUAUGGUAUGAUACAUUAGAAUAUACAAAGUCAUGUGUAUUAUUUUCUUUGCAAGAAGAUUUCAAUUACAACUCUUUACAUAAAUGACCUUGUUAUGUAUAGAUGCACAUGCAAACAAAGUGGAUACCUUUGCAUAGUUAAUGUGGAUGAGGUUCUUGGGUCCCUAGACCUUAUUUUCAUAUUUAUCCUUUUUUCUUUGUAAUCAUAUUCAUAAGGAGCGCACAUAAAUAUUUGGCUACCCGAUACAGGUACACAGCUUCCACAAAGUCAAAUUCAAUCUUUUGAUCCUCAAAUUGACAACAACCAUUAUUUUCUUUUCAUUCAUAAAAAAAAUUCAAAAAAAAUAUGGAUAUAACUUAAGCUGAAAUGUAUCAUAAUAGCAAAAUCAUAAACAAGAAAAUGCCCAUUUUAAACAGUGAUUUUGUGAUUUCCACUGCAUUACCAAAUUAGAGUAAUUAAUAAACUAGAUUUUAAUCAGGAAAGGCUAAAAAACGAGUGGGUAAAGUAAUGAAGCGUUUCACAAAACAUGUUGUUCGUAAUUAUGACUGACAUUUUAUUUCAGCCAAUCAGAUGCAAGGAUUUCAGUAGUUUAUAACAA